AAUCCAUUCCAUCUGCAGCUGGACUGGGCCAACCCCCUGGAGACGUUGGUGGAUGUGCUCUCCUCUGUGCUUCGGGCUCAUGCCUGGAAGGACAUUGCCCUGGUCCUGUGCCGCAUCCGUGAUCCUGGAAGCUUCUCGGACUUCUGGACCCAGCGCACGGGGCUGGCCCCAAGGAUGACCCUGGAGCUGAGCCGGCUGCCUGGAGCCCUGGCUCGCCUGGAGGCACUGGCUGGGGAGCCUCCCCCAGUUACAGCUGCCAUCCUGUUUGGCUGUGAUGUCAACCGUGCCCUGCAAGUGCUGGCCGCUGCCCCCCCCGGGCCCCGAUGGCUCCUGGGCACCCCGAUGGAGGCCAGGGAAUUGCCCAUUCAAGGCUUGCCCCCAGGAUUACUGGCCUUUGGUGGGGAGAGCCAGCCCCCCCUGGAGGAUCUCACCCAGGAUGCUGCAGGGCUGGUGGUCCAGGCACUGGGCAGGGCUGCCCAUGCCCACCCUGACCAGACCCUCUCUCCCUCCGUAGUCAGCUGUACCAGCCCCCGACUAUCAAGGACUGAGUCCUGGGGCAGGCGUCUGGCUGAGUUCCUGGCCAACGCCUCCUUCCACGGUCGGACGGGCCACAUGUGGGUGACGGCUACCUCGCAGGUGCACAUCCAGCGCCACUUCCAGGUGUGGAGCCUCCUGCGGGACCCUCGAGGCGCCCCCGCCUGGGUGACGGUGGGCCACUGGCAGGACGGGCGGCUGGAGCCGGCGGCGGGGGGCGUGUGGCCGGGCGCGGGGGGGCUCGGAGGGAGGACGCCCCCCCGGUCCCCUCUGCCGGAGAGCGACGCGGGGCCUCAGAAGCUGCGGGUGGUCACCCUGGUGGAGCACCCGUUCGUGUUCACCCGGGAGGUGGAUGAGGACGGCCAGUGCCCCGCCGGCCAGCUGUGCCUGGACCCGGGCACCAACGACUCCGCCGUGCUGGGGGAGCUCUUUGCCGCCCUGGACGAGCCGGGCAACGGCUCGGUGCCCCGCGAGCUGCGCAAGUGCUGCUACGGCUACUGCAUCGACCUGCUGGAGCAGCUGGCCGAGGACCUGUCCUUCGCCUUCGAGCUGUACAUCGUGGGGGACGGCAAGUACGGCGCGUGGCGCGACGGGCGCUGGACCGGCCUGGUGGGGGACCUGCUGGCGGGCACCGCCCACAUGGCCGUCACCAGCUUCAGCAUCAACUCGGCGCGCAGCCAGGUCAUGGACUUCACGAGCCCCUUCUUCUCCACCAGCCUGGGCAUCCUGGUGCGCACGCGCGACACGGCCUCCCCCAUCGGGGCCUUCAUGUGGCCGCUGCACUGGACCAUGUGGGUGGGCGUCUUCGUGGCGCUGCACCUGACCGCCCUCUUCCUGACGCUGUACGAGUGGCGCAGCCCCUACGGCAUGACGCCGCACGGCCGCAACCGGCUCAAGGUCUUCUCCUACUCGUCCGCCCUCAACCUCUGCUACGCCAUCCUGUUCGGCCGCACCGUGUCCAGCAAGACGCCCAAGUGCCCCACCGGCCGCUUCCUCAUGAACCUGUGGGCCAUCUUCGGCCUCCUCGUGCUCUCCAGCUACACGGCCAACCUGGCCGCCGUCAUGGUGGGAGAGAAGACCUUCGAGGAGCUGUCGGGGAUCCACGACCCCAAG